UUUUUAUAUUAAUGGUGGGGAUUUAUGUAAGAGCCUCUUGAUACACAGCAGCCAUUGAAGAAGAAAGAGAGAGAGAGGCAUUUGCAGAAUAAAUAAUAAAGCCAAAGCGUGUGUUCCGCAUUUCUGUUGUCUCUUUUUUUUGGGGGGGUUCUGUCUAUUGCAGUUACAUCUCUUAAGCAUCUUCUCUCUCGUGUUUGUUUCUCCUUUGUUUCCUCUCUCUGAUCUGAUUCUCAGCCAUGGCUUCUGAUUCUUCCCCAUCCAACGGAGGAGGAGGGAGAUUCGUGCCGGAGAAGGAUAAUUUCUUGCAGAGACACGUCGCCUUCUUCGACCUAAACGGAGACGGCGUCGUUUAUCCCUCCGAGACCUACAAAGGUUUCAGAUCGAUCGGAUGUGGAGUUCCGUUGUCGGCAUUCGCUGCGGUGUUCAUCAACGUCGGUCUCAGCCGGAAAACUCGCCCGGGGAAGAAAUUUUCGUUGAAGUUCCCGAUAGAGGUUAAGAAUAUCCACCUCGCCAAACACGGAAGCGAUUCCGGAGUCUACGACAAAGACGGAAGAUUCGUGGAACCGAAGUUCGAGGAGAUAUUUGAGAAGCAUGCUCGGACGCAUCCAGAUGCUUUGACUUCCGAUGAACUCAAACAACUUCUCAAAGCCAACAGGGAACCCAAGGACCGCGCUGGAUGGCUCGCAGGGUUCACGGAGUGGAAGAUACUGUACAGCCUGGGGAAGGACAAGAACGGUUUAUUACACAAGGACACCGUUAGGUCUGUCUACGACGGGAGUUUCUUCGAACAUCUGAAGGAACGAAGAUCCUCUUCCCUUAAGAAAUCCGUUUAAAUACGAUUUGCCGCGUGGGCAUAUCAUAUACAGUUUGUGAAUCUGCUUAUGAUGAAGCAUUUGCUAUGUUACCUAUAUGAUAUUGGAUUGCUGUUUGGUUUUGUGUAUGUGUCGAAUGUGUAACUUCAUAAUAAAAACGUUUGAUCUGAUUUACCCCACUCGGGAAAAUCACUCAAAUA